AUGGUACGUGAUGGGGGUAAGCUCAUUGCUUCGACGCCGAAGCAAGGAUCCGUAGACACUGCUGGGCAUGAACGGUUGCGGGUACAGGCUAUAGGCGAUGCAACUUUGCGAGUAAGAGACGUCAAGAUACCGCUCACUGAUGUACUUCACGUCCCCAACCUUAGCAAGAACCUAUUGUCAAUCCCAGCGCUGACUGAAAAUGGUGCACGCGUGAUAUUUGAAGAGUCUGGAGCUACUAUCCUCCAACACGAUGGGAGCAUGGUCAAGAGCAAGACCAACCGGCGCAAGAAGAGAUGGGAGGUCUACAGUGACGCCCUAGCAGCACAGCUCAAUGAUCCCCUAGAGGGCAUUGAUGCCACCACAACACCAGCAAAGCCCGCAAGCCACACAACGAGCAAACUAUGGCAUGAACGAUUCGGUCACCCUGGCAGGAACAAGACCAAGCAAAUCCAGGCCCACUACUUAGGAAAGGAGACACAGCUUGGACAUGAUGCAAGGGACUGCAACUGUUGCAGCCAAGCAAAGCAAACACGCGCAAGAAUGACAAGCAGCAAGACAGAGCGAGCCCAGGCACCUCUGGAGCUGGUACACAUUGACCUGAUGACGGACCUGAAAGGCCAUCCCAACUACCACCACGCAUUGAUAGUUGUAGAUGACUCGUCAUCUUACGUAUAUGUGAAACCACUCCUCAGCAAGGCCGAAGCGUUCCCUGCCCUAAAAGCAUGGAUCAAGACGGCAGAGAUAGCAACAGACCACACACUAAAGUGCAUCCGCAGCGACAACGGAACAGAGUGGUCCAGCUUUGGAGCAGAGGAAUGGAAACGAGAAGCAGGGUUCAGGUGGCAGAAAACCACACCAUACGUCAGCGCCCAGAACGGGAGAGCAGAGCGCAUGAUUAGAUCCCUUCAAGAAAAAAUGCGCGCAAUGCUGGUUCAGAGAUCGGUACCAAAGGAGCUGUGGCCCUACGCCAUCAUGGCCGCAGGGCACACACUGAACUUGACACCCUCCACCGAAGCAAAUAGGGUUCCAUACGAGGACUUCUAUCGCAAGUCUGCGCAUGGUUUGGCCAAGCAGCUGCGUGUCUUCGGUUGCCUCGCUUGGGUCCACCUCCCCAGGAAAGAUCACGCAGGAAAGCACGGCGUAAGAGCAAUCCCAGGAAUCAUGGUCGGAUACGAUGACGAGCACAAGGGAUGGAAAUUCUUCACCCCCGGCCACUCCCCAUCCAUACGGUGGAGCAACUCAGCCACAUUCCACGAAGCCAAAGGUUGGCAUGAUCGCCCCAGCGUGCAGAGCCCACUGCAGUUCGGGUUCGAGAGCCUCGAAGCAGAAGGCACUAGACCCGAGGCAGAUAGCGACAAGCCCGAACUGGAGGUGGAAGUACUCGACAUGGAGGAUCCACUCCCCGAGCCACACACUGCACCGCCCACCGACCCUACCGACGACAACAGGUCGGAGCUCGAUGUCGAAGAGAUGAUUGGAGAAGCACAUACAGCCGCCUUGAACCUCACGCCGACCUUAAAGGAAGCACUUGCCGGUGAUGAUGCGCAACAAUGGCAGGAAGCCAUACGCAAGGAGCUAGAUGGACUCGAGGCAAUGGGAACAUGGGAGAUAGUGGAUGUUCCACCAAACACUAGACUGGUCGACUCCAAAAUAGUCCUUCGGCUAAAAUUGGAUGCCGACGGCAUACCCGUCCGGCACAAAGCAAGACUCGUCGCACGGGGCUUCACACAGCGGGAGGGUAUUGACUUUGAAGAGACCUUCGCGCCUGUGGCACCACUCAGCGCAAUAAGAGCCCUGUUAUCCUUGGCAGUAGAGCGCAACUGGGAAAUCCAUCAGCUCGACAUCACAAUGGCUUACCUUAACUCCACGCUCAACCACGUGAUCUACAUGAAACCACCGGAAGGCGCCAAGGUGCCGACGGGGAAAGCCUACCGAGUCAUCAAGGGACUAUAUGGUCUUAAACAGUCGGGACGGGAGUGGAACAUGGAUUUUGAUAAGUUCCUGCGACGCUCAAACUUCCACAGGCUCGACUGCGCACCAUGCAUCUACACCAGAGGAGAAGGGGAUAACUUCGCAAUAGUGGUCAUCUAUGUUGAUGACACGUUAAUUAUAGCCCCAACCCUAGAAACAGUAAGGCGCAUCAAGGAGGAAAUAGGCCAAAAAUGGCGGAUGGAGGAUGGCGGCAACGUCUCCCACUUCCUCGGGAUCAAAAUCACCAGGAAUCGAGAAGCAAAAACCAUGGAUCUCGAGCAAACCAGCUACGUCAAGCAGCUUCUGGAUGAACACCUGGACAAGCGCAGGAGGAAAUCUAGCGUCCCACUCCAAGAUAUCCCAGUCCCAGAGACGGCAGCAAGCAUGGCAGAGCGAAAGGAAUACCCACAGAUCGUCGGCAAACUUCUGUGGCUGUCAAAUGGAACACGUCCGGACAUCAGCCAAGCUGUCGGCGUUCUUGCACGCUACAUGACACAGCCGUCAAAGGAGCAUUACAACGCUGCACAAAAGGUACUCCAAUAUUUGGACCACACACGUGACACCCACUUGCAAUAUGGCAGCGACAAGCAACAAGAUUUCCUGACAGCGCACAGCGAUGCAAACUGGGCAAGCGAUGCCACAGCACAACGCAAGAGCUCAUCUGGCUCAGCGGUGUUCGUGUGCGGUAACCUGGUAGCAUGGAAGUCAGCUCUUCAGCGCUGCACCGCCCUAUCGGCAGUGGAAGCAGAAUUCGUAGCCGCGACAGAAGCCGCACGAGAGAUCCUGUUCUUCAAACACCUCUUCAAGACCGUAGGCAUUGACGUCGGUAUCCCCACAAUCUUUUCGGACAACACUGGCACUAUUCAGGUUAGCAAGGAUCCCGCGCAACACUGGAAGUUAAAGCACAUCGAUACCAAGUACCAUUUCAUCAGAGAUAACGUGCAAGACGGAAAGGUCAAGAUCAAGUACAUCAACACUGCAGACAACUUAGCAGACCUCUUUACCAAGCCGGUGGGAAAGACCACGUUACAGCGCGCGCGACAGGGAUUGGGACUGAAGGCCAAGCAUGAUGCAGUGGAUCGGCAGCCUCCUGCCUUACCACUGAGGGAGGCAGUUGAGGAAGUUAAAGCCGCACAAAGCGUGGAGACAGUGAAGGUAGUGCUUACGGCCGAGUAG